AUGAAGGAUGCCAAACACUCCCCUGGAUCACAUCGAGAGCCUGUCAAGACGUUUCAGGGUCAUGAUGAUAGCCUCUUUUCAAUCGCAACUUUUCCGGAUGGCAAGACAAUAGCGACUGGGUCUGCCGACAAGACAAUACGUGUAUGGAGGCUUGAGGACGGCACAGAGAUGAUGAAGUGGGUGGCAAAGCAGUUGGUCGGCGCACUUGUACUUUUGGGAAACGGGAAACAGGUCAUCAGUGCUGAGGGAGAAGACCCAUUCCCAGGAGACGAUUCCGAUCAAAACGAAGAAACUUUUUCAAAUAAAGUAGUGUGUUGGCAGUUAUGGGUACGUGAUGUUGAGAGUGGGAGCAUCGUCGCAGGUCCCUUGAAAGGUCACACCAACUAUGUGACUACUUUGGACAUUUCCCCUGACGGCAAGAUAUUGGCCAGCGGGUCAUUGGAUCGCACAGUGAUUUUAUGCGACACGACCACCUGGCAGAGGAAAGGUCAGCCUCUUGCGUGCGGAUCACCCAUCUUUGACAUCCGAUUUUCUCCGACCGGUCAACUCGGCGUUGCUACCCCACAAGAUAUCCAAAUAUGGGACUUGGAACGAAGGAAUCGUCUUGCUCAAUUCAACGGCCACCGCGGCUUCAAUAAUGCAAUCAACUUCUCGCUCACCUGGACUCAUGAUGGCACACAUCUCUUAUCAGCUGGUAGUGGCAGUGAUCCUGUCAUCCGCUGUUGGGACACAUCCACCUGGGAACAGGCUGGUGAUCCCUGGACUGGCCAUGGCAAAAAUAGACACAUCCAACAUAUUGUCUUGAACCCAGCUGGCACCCUUCUUGCAUCAGCAUCUGGAGACCACACUGUCCGAUUGUGGCAGUUCCCCACAGGCACAGAAGUCGCCCGAUUUGAGCACUCAGAUGAGGUGUAUUAUGUUGCAUUUUCGGCGGAUGGACGCUCCAUAUUCAGUGGCGGCCGCGACACGAAAAUCUCGCAAUGGGAGAUACCUCAGGAUGUGCUCGCAGCAGUAGAAAGUGUUUCUCUGUACUCACUCCCCACUGUGAUCUCACUCCCUCGCAUGCUCACACGCACUCAUUCCAACGCUAAAACUCAGCCCAACUCCCCAUCUUCAUACCUUGACGCUGAUGCUACCGGGGGCGAUGGCAUCAUCGAGGAGGGGAAUGAUAAUCCAUACAACAACUUCUUCCAGUCUUCGCAUCAAUCCCUUCCAUCGGCAUCCCCUGGCUCCCAUCUCCCCCACCUAUUGUCAGCUCGCCGCUUCUUCAAGGUCUUCUCUCGACCUCACCCACCGGCAGACGAGUCCGUUCCAAAAGAACGCUCGAAGCGCAAGCUCUUCGCUCGUCGUGCUCGCUCAAACUCAUCCCUGGAGCUCGCAACCAUGACAGGCGAUCCACCAGUACUAGAAGGCAAAGUAGGAGAAGGCAAAGGCGAGCAAGGUGAUAAUGAUCGCGGUUCCGCGAAUGAUCCGCUCGGCGCCAGAAAGGAUAAAGGCAAACGGCGAGACGAACCCCCCACCGACGCACAGAACCCACCGCUUGAUGAUUCCAGUCACACCGACGACCUCGAUAGCAAGGACAAUCGAAAACUUUGGAAAAGGAUGAUGCAUGCUCGAGGAAAGGACCCCUCCGACACCAACAUUGCUCCAGCAAUGAAACAUCCCGAGGUCGUCGAGGUAUAUGCUGUGCGCGGGUUCCAGAGAUAUGUCGCAAUGAAGCGGGUACGCAAGAUACAGCCAUCAGCGGUGACGGGUGGUAUUCCUCACUUAGGUGCCAGCUCGUCACAGCCGGGAUCAUCUUCGCAAGUAGUCUCUGUACAGGCAGGGCCAUCAUCGCACGCCGUUGUCGCCAAUGGACCUCAAUUUUUGCAAGUUACUGGGCGUCCAUCAUCGCAUGUAUCCCCAUCGCACGUCGUAGCCGUCAAUGCAGCUCAAUAUUCGCAAGCUACUGGAGGUUCAUCAUCGCACGCGUUCCCAUCGCACUUCGUGACCAACCACCACACCAAUCGCGACUCAGAUUCACACACGACCAUUGAAGGUUCCUUCAACAGGUUUCUGAAGCACAAAGCGGUUGUUCGGAUCUCCUGGGUUUGGCAAACGAAGCUGCACAGUCCCCUUCCAUCGCCGCCGCCGCCGUUUUCGAUACUGCGAUAUGACCUUUUAGGACUUUCUCCUACUCCAGAUGGUUCUCGUCUGCCAUCGUUGCUUCACAAUUUCACUUCAUCUCUUAUGACACGUUUCAUACACUAUUAUCACCCCGAGGACCUGGAACGGGCAUUAGAUCUAGGUGCUUCAGCAUUGGAACUACGUGAAAGAGGCAAUGAGUGCAGAAUGUCCUCUCUCAUGGUGCUAGCGAAUUAUCUUGACGAUUCAUAUGGUAUGUGCGCGCCUGGCCACCCGUCCCUUGCCAACAUCUGGGAAGGAUACUCUCGUAUCCAUCUUCAUGCCUACUCCAAGGCACUGCAAUCUACAUAUCAUUUGGAAGAAGCAUUUCGAUACUUAGACUUGCUUCAAACAUAUAUCUAG